UGGCGGGUGUGAGGUGGUUGAUACUUACUGUGGCUGUGUCAGGGUGGUGGAUUCAACUCAUGCCGGGUACCACUUGCCAAGGAGGAAGAUUUGGAGACACAUGUAGCUACUCUUGUCACUGUACUCCACACUGUAACCAGACAACUGGAGUCUGCAACGGUGCAUGUGAUCCUGGAUGGUUUGGUGGGAAUGGGCAAACCUGUCAGAGAGGGAACGUUGCGUACAACAAGAAAGCAGCUUCGACCCCACCAACUAACUACGCAAAACUGCAUGGCUGGACUGCAGACAAGGCUGUAGAUGGGAACCGGGACCAGCAUGUGUUCGGCAACUCCUGUUUUCACUCUCAUUCUACGGCACCUAAUCCUACGUGGACAGUGGACCUGGGACAGCGGUACAGGAUACAUGACGUCAGAAUAUACAACCGAGUAAAUAAUCCUCAUUUGAUCAGGACUGCUGUCCUCUCUCUGAGUAACUCCAGCAGCUCCACACCCGGCGUCACCUGCUACACCUUCCCCUCUGACACAGCUAAAACAGACAACAGCGUGUACGACGUGACAUGUGACGGCACAGGGAGAUACUUCACAAUCACACAUAGCACACGGCUAAAUCUAUGUGAGGUGGAAAUUUAUGGUAUGGAUAAUUGUUCAUAGGAGU